GACCAACCGGGGCUAGUCCGGCUACUGCGCCACGGCCCCUUCCUCCGCUACGCCUUGGCCUUCGUGCUGGUGGACGCCGGCUACUACGUGCCCUUUGUCCACGGGGAGGCCCACGCCCAUGAGGUGGGCUGCGACGACCACCGCGCCGGGCUGGUGAUGGCGGCGAUGGCGGCGGUCGAUGGGGGAGGCCGGGUUGCCGCCGGCUGGUUGGCCACCCGGCCGGCCACCCCCCUGCUCCGUCACCUCUUCGCCUGGGCCGUGUUGACGGGGUUGGCGUUGCUGCUUCUGCCUUUGGGGACCUCCUUCGGGGGUCUCCUGACCUUGGCCUUGGCCUACGGGUUCUGCGCCGGAGCCGUCGUGCCCCUCCAGUUCGCCGGCGUGGCCGAGGUGGUCGGUGCCGGGCGGUUGGUCCACGCCAUCGGCCUCAUGCAGAUGUUCGAGAGCUUCGGGUCGCUGCUGGGGGCACCCUUCGCCG